UUUCUACUCGAGAAAUUUUGCUGCACUAUAAAUAGGCGCAUUCAUCGGGUCUGGUCUUUUCUGGACCGCCGUCUACGAGCUGUAGUCCGUGAGGCGAGAGCAGCUGCCUGCGAUGGCAGAAACGGAGCAGAAGAAGAAGAUCACUGGCCUAUCCGAGGAAUGGUUACUCGUAGAGAAAUAUGAGCAGGAUGAUCGUAGCAACACUUCCGAACAAGCAACUGGGGAAAGCGUUGCAGAGAAAAUUGAUCAAACCGCAGUUACAGAGGAAAACGCCCCUAAUACAGGAGAGGAAGAAAAAACCCCUGAGCUGGAGGCAACACUAACAAAAGAGGAAGAAAAACAAGAAGUGAAGGAAGAUAGCGUUACCCCUGAACAGAACGCCGAACCAUCACAGGAAGUAGAAGAAAAGAGUGAACCCGUGGAGACUGCCUCUGCUGCAGAGGAGAACAGUGCAAACCCUAUCCCAGAGACAGAUCAAGCGCAAGAAGUAGAAGAAAAUGAAGAGGCCAAAGAAGAAACUCCAAUAAUCAAGCUUGAGACUGCCCCAGCUGAUUUCCGGUUCCCAACAACAAACCAAACAAGGCAUUGCUUUACCCGCUACAUUGAAUAUCAUAGGUGUAUAGAGGCUAAAGGUGAAGGUGCACCAGAGUGUCAGAAAUUUGCAAAAUAUUACAGAUCUCUUUGCCCGGGUGAAUGGAUUGAACGAUGGAAUGAGCAGAGGGAGAAUGGCACCUUUCCUGGCCCUCUGUAGAAUCUGCUAGUCAUUUACUGUACCACUCCUAACUAUCUUCUUGAAUUUGGUUUUUGAAUAUUUUAAUCUAUGAGAUCAAAUAUUGCAAGGAUUAUAUUUAUGUUGAGGAAUUUUUGUACGAAUAAAAAAUUUGGUUGAAUCGGUCCGAAUGAAAUGCCGAAACACAUUUUUUUAGCAA